UCAGAUCUGCCACAACACCCCGGCCUAAAAUCGGAAGUUAUGAACGCUUCCAAGAUCGAACCUCAAAGGUCCGGGUGACUCCGCCUCUCGACAGCCCGCGCGGAGCAAAGGCCCUUCCCCUCCGCCCCACCCCAGCCAAAGCUGCGCGCGCAGGCACGUCACAUGAUAGCGCUCAGGGGCGGGGCGCUGUGUCUCCGGGAGAGACGCGUUGCGUGACGGCCUCCGGCCAGCCAAUAGACGAUCGCAACGAGGGAUUUCAAAUGUGGCCGCGGUAGUUGUAGCCUGCUUGGCCGAAAGGGAGGCCGAAUAAGCUCGCCCGGACUUGAGCGGCCAAGACAAAGAUGGUUAAGGAAAGGUGUCAGAAAAAGUCCUUUCAAGAUAGUCUUGAAGACAUUAAGAAGCGAAUGAAAGAGAAAAGGAAUAAAAACUUGGCAGAGAUUGGCAAACGCAAGUCCUUUAUUGUUGCACCAUGCCAAGUACCCACUAACACUUCUACACUGCUGAAAAAUUACCAAGAUAAUAACAGGUUGUUAGUUUUGGCUUUGGAAAAUGAAAAAUCCAAAGUGAGAGAAGCCCAAGAUAUCAUCCUACAGCUGAGAAGAGAAUGUUACUACCUUGCAUGUCAGCUAUAUACUGUGAAACAGAAGCUAACUUCCCAACAAAGUGAAGAAACUGAUCAGAACCAGAAAGGAUGUCCCUCAGAAGUGGUCUCCAGUAGUGACAACACCAUCGGGGACUUGUCUGUGAAGACCUUACAGCAAAUUGCUCUUGAAGAAAAUGAUUGGCUAUUCCAAACCAAAGAACCAAGUCCUACUGUUUCUCCAGACACACUGGGGAGUAAUUUUGAUUCAGGUAAAGUCAAGUCUACUAAUGAUGUCAUACCUAGAACUGUGUCUUUCCGUCGCCACUUAAAGAAAGAUUUUAAUAAUGUAAGUUGCUCCACUGCUUUGGAGGAUUGUGAAUCCAGUCAUUGGGUGAGACAGUCUUUGGAAGUUAGAAGAAGUGGAUGUAGAGACCCAACUGUAACUCUGCACAAACUUGAAAAUGUAGAACAAAAUGUUUGUCUGUGGAACAAGGACCAAAUUAACUUAUCCCCUAAACUGACGUGCCCAGAAAAGAAUGCUAAAACAAAAGAAGUCAUUUUACCAUCUAAACCUGAACAAAUGAAAAGUAUGCAUAAAUGUGCACGUAAAAGAAGAGCCAACCAGAGAUGCAAAUCAAAACCCUCAUUGAGGUGUAAGGGCAACAAAAGCAAAGAUAAGCAGACUUUACACCCCACAAAAUUGAAUGGGUCUAUUAGUUCCAGCGAUGCUUAUGAUUUUAAUCUCGAAGAGUGUGUUCACCUCUCCCCUUUCCGACAAAAAAUGAGCAAUGGCUGCAGUGGAGAAAUCAACAGCAGGGACUUGGAAGAGAGUGCUUUUGAACUGAGUGCCUCUGAGGAUGAGUCUGAUGACCUCUACCUGCCUCCUCACAAGCACUUGCAAGACCACACCAGAGAGUCAGACACAAUCACCAGGCCUCGGCCUAAAAGAGGACUCCAGUACACGGAUGAAAAAGACAGAGAGAGGGCGCCACCAACCAGAGCUACUACCGGUAUCCCACCCAAGAAUCAAGAGUCACCUGGUCGUAGCCUAAAGGAUGUCACCAAUAUCCUGCUGCACCCUGUAGUGAAAAUCAGGAAACUUUCUCUGUCUCCAAAAAGGAAUGAAGACAGCCCGGCAGUGUCUCUGCCUAAGCGCAGGUGCACCACCAUCACAAACUAUAAAGAGCCGACCCUCGCUUCGAAACUAAGAAGAGGGGACCCUUUCACAGACUUGUGUUUCUUAAAUUCUCCUAUUUUCAAGCAGAAAAAGGAUAUGAGACGUCCUAAAAGAAGUACAAAGCAAACACAGUAACUCCUUUUGUUGGAUGCUGUUGAAGAUGAUCCUUCUCUUUUACCCAGUAGAUUCUGUGAGACAGUGUGCAGUGUGCAGAACCAUCCCUUAUCAGGAUAUCCCUUGGAUCUAUACUUUGUAAUUGUGUGAAUUGCUACCAACAUCUAAAAUUUCUCUAGCAUCUUUACUUUUUUCCUUAAGCAGGGGGAAUUACAGAGUUGACAAGAAGUAAAGAUAGGAUAUAAAUCUUUCAUAAAUCCUUGACAUCACAGUAAGACAUACCGUAAGUUGCUGAGAAUCCCUUAUUUUACUGUCAUACUGGUUCUUUGGGUGAAACAUAUAUGGAAUCAUGAUUAAGAGAACUGAUGGUUUUGGUUCUGGGACAAGAUAACUGUUGUGAACUCUCGGUGUGUGCAACAUCAUUCUUCAGAAUCAACAUGUCAUGUACCUCAGGCUAACUCUUCAUGUUGUCAGAAGUUCACAAGUAUAAAUAUGUGAAUAGUAA